AUGGAAAUAGAAAAUAGAGCCAUACCUGUGGAAAGUAUAAUGAAGAAUGAUGAUCAAAGAGAAGAUGAAUUCAUGGAUAUUAGAUAUAUUAAAAGUGAAUUGAUAGGAAAUAGUGAUGAUGGGUGA